AGUUCUAAACGUCAAAACAUUUUAAACUGUCAUUACUUUAACUGUUUUGUCAUUAUAUACAAAAAAUUCCAUUCGCAAAAACCGUUUUACUCAAGAAAUCUUAAAAGAAUUUUUUAAAGAUGCAUUGGUUUCAAGGAGAUAUAGCCGAAGCCGUUACGAUAUCUAGAAAAAACGGCUCGAUAUUCGUCGUUUACGUUGAAGGUAAAUGUGAUGAAUCUGUAAAAAUAACGAAAUUAAUCGAUGAGGAACAAGUAACGAAUGAAUUGAGCGGUGAACACUUUGUGAGUAUUAAAAUCGAUGCCGGAUCAAUUGCUCAUCAACAAUUUGCGGAAAUUUAUAAAAAAGUUAAUGCUCCUUCAAUAUUUUUUAUUGGCGCUGGAGGAGUUCCUUUAGAAAUCAUUGAAACUGUUCAAGAUCUUGAUGAUUUACUCCAAAAAAUUGAAAGUGUUAAAUUAAAAAGUGGUAUUAAAUUUACUAACAAUUCUCAAGCAAGCACCGCAGUGUCCAAUUUCCUUUCAAAUGAACAACAAGCUGUCGAAUGUGAAAACGGAGUUUGUAAAAUGAAGCCAGAAAUAGAAAAAGAAACUAAAAUCGAAAAACCUUCUAGUUCCGACAUGCCAGACACUACCACUUCAUCAAAUCUAGUUUCGAAUGAAGAAAAUGUUAAGGGUGUCAUGGAAGGUGAAGAAUAUAAAAAACCGGAAUUAAGUAAAGAAGAAAGAAUUGAAAAAGCGAAAGAGAUGAUUGAAAAAAAUAGAGAAAUGAAACAAAAAGAGGAAGAAGAAAAAGAAAAAUCAAAAGAAAUUGAACGUCGUAAAAUGGGACAGGAUGUCCAAAAAAUGAAACGUUGGCAAGAAGACCAAGAAUUUAAACAAAUGGUAGAAGCUAGAGAAAAAGAAAAGAAAGAACAACAAGCGGCCAGACAACGAGUUUUAGAGCAAAUCCAACAAGAUAAAGCGGAUAGGGCAGCAAAAUUUUCCAAUCAAUCUCCAACAUCUCCCCAAGUAAACAUUCCAGCCCAAAAAACACCUCCGUGUAACUCUAACAUCGUUCGUAUACAAUUUAAACUCCCCGAUGGAAGCUCCCACAAUCACGAAUUUACCCCAGAUACGAAAUUAAGCGAUCUCAAAGCUUAUAUUCGUUCAAAUAUAGCAUUAACGUUUAACAAUUUCUUAUUGGCAACGAUGUUUCCAAGAAAAGAAUUUUCCGAGGAAGAUGAUGAAAAAUCGUUGAAAGAUUUAGAGUUGUAUCCAAGUGCAGUUUUAUUAAUUUUGCCACUUUCUCAUGGGGCUGUGUCUACAAACUCUAAUACAGGAAUAUUUAGCGCGUUUAUUUGGUCGGUUAUAGGCCCUAUUUUAAAUUUGUUUAGUUAUAUUAAGGGAAUGUUGUUUGGAGCGCCAAGGCCUAAGGAAAAUGAUGGUAGUGGAAAUGGUAAGCGGUCGACUGAACAAGGAGAAUCUUCAAGGUCUCCGAAACGAAGA